AUGUUGGAGUAUGGUACACGUUUUUUGGUCCCACUACAUAGUCCAGGAGGCGGAGGACUAGCUUUGUACUGGAAACAAGGGGUUGAGCUCUCAGUCGUCUCCUCUUGCGACAACUUCAUCGAAACCUCGAUAACCUAUAAAGGCAAGCUGUCCUUUAUGCACUUUGUUUAUGGAGAACCUGACCAUACAAAGCGGAAGGCGGUUUGGGAAGAUUUGACAACUAGAAACAGCGCUAGAGACUUACCUUGGUUUUUGACGGGGGAUUUCAAUGAUAUUCUGGAUCAUGAUGAGAAAACUGGAGGACCCCAGCGAGCGGAGGGAACUUUUGUGGAUUUCAGAGCCUUUAUAUCCCAGUGCGACCUCUAUGAUGUGCCACACUCAGGGGAAGAUCUUUCUUGGAGAGGCAUCAGAUACACUCACCUGAUCCAUAGCCGUCUAGACCGUGCCCUAUCGAAUGGACUCUGGGUUGAAUCGUACCCAUACAGCCGAUGCUACUACCUAGACUUUGAAGGAUCAGACCACCGUCCUCUCCUCACCAUACUAGAUCCAAACCUGAAGAAAAAGAAGGGCCCUUUUAGAUACGACAGGAGCUUAAAAGACAAUCAAGAGAUUACUGAUAUCGUAAGGGAAGCAUGGAACGUAUCUGAAGGUUCUACAGUGAAACAGAGGAUAUCUACUUGCCGAAAAGAGAUCUCAAAGUGGAACAGAGAGCAUCAUAAGAACUCCCAAAAACUUAUCCUGGAAGAGAAGAAGAGACUGGAGUUAGCAAUGAGCUCACCAAUCCCUAACCAAGAGGUAAUUCUUGAAAUAAACUCCAACCUAAGGUCUGCUUACCAGAAGGAGGAAGUCUACUGGAGACAACGCAGCAGAAUCCUUUGGUUGACUUUGGGGGAUAAAAACUCGGGAUAUUUCCACGCUAUCACAAGAGGAAGACGAGUAGUUAACAAGCUUGCAGUUAUUGAAGAUAAAAAUGUCGCUCAAGCGAUCCAGCCUUGCAUCACUCCGGAGAUGAAUGAGACCUUGAUAUCAGACCCCACCCCCACCGAGAUAAAAGAAGCUUUGUUCUCCAUAAGUCCGGACAAGGCCCCGGGACCAGACGGCUUCUCAGCCUGUUUUUUCCAAACCCACUGUGAAACCUAUAUCCGACUUAUCCCCAAAGUCCUCAGCCCCAAAUCAGUGGCUGAAUACAAACCUAUCGCCCUAUGCAACGUCGACUACAAGGUUAUCUCUAAGAUCCUCACUAAACGCCUACAACCGAUCCUGCAUAGCAUUAUAUCAGAGAACCAGACUGCCUUUGUUCCAGGAAGAGCAAUUUCAGAUAAUGGUCUAAUAACACACGAGAUCUUACAUUACCUGAAAGGGUCCGGAGCUACAAAAUACUGCUCCAUGGCUGUCAAGAUUGACAUGAGCAAGGCCUAUGAUAGGCUGGAAUGGAGUUUCAUUUGGGCAGUACUGGAUAGGAUGGGCUUCCAUCCCAAGUGGACCAAUUGGAUCUUUCAGUGCAUCUCCACGGUGUCCUACUCCUUUCUCAUCAACGGAGCAGCACAAGGACAUGUCAUCCCACAGCGAGGCAUCAGGCAAGGAGACCCUUUGUCUCCCUUCAUCUUAAUCCUUUGCGGAGAAGUUCUCUCCGGACUCUGUACAAACGCUCUAGUCAGUGGAACCCUUGCUGGGAUGAUCAACCUCCAGAAGUCCUCCAUUACCUUCUCCAAUAAAACACCAGAAGAUAUUCGCCAAAGAGUCAAACUUGCCCUAGGAAUUGAAAAGGAGGGAGGUCAAGGGAAAUACUUAGGUUUACCUGAGAGUUUUGGUCGCCGGAAGAAGGACCUAUUCACCCUAAUCGUUGACCGCAUUCGCCAAAGAUCUAUUAACUACUCCUCUCGUUUUCUCUCCAACGCUGGGAAAGUAACCAUGCUAAAAUCAGUCCUUGCUUCCAUCCCAACCUACUCAAUGACAUGCUUCAAACUACCUACAGGUUUGUGUAAGAGAAUUCAAUCAGCCCUAACCCGUUUCUGGUGGGACUCUCAACCGGGGAAGAGAAAAAUGAGUUGGAUUGCGUGGGAGAAACUUACCAAACCAAAGAACCAGGGAGGCUUGGGCUUCCGUGAGCUACAGAGCUUCAAUGAUGCACUUCUAGCAAAGAUCAGCUGGAGACUCAUCAAUAACCCCUCAUGUCUUCUAAGCAAAAUUCUCUUGGGAAAAUAUUGCCAGUAUCAGAACUUCCUUAAUGUCCCAAUAACGUCAUCCACAUCGCAUGGCUGGAGAGGAAUCCUGAUCGGCCGUGACCUCCUGAAGACCAAUUUGGGAAGAGCUAUCGGAGAUGGCAAGUCAACCUCCCUGUGA